AUGAAUUUAUCAAAGAAUAUCAGUUCAAUUGAACUACCAGCAGCUAAUUCAACAUUAAUUCUCGAUGAAUCAGUUGGUUUGCAAAAACCGUCCACAUCCUCAGCGGUCAUAACAAAUAGACCAUUAAAAUCAGUCAAAAGUCCCCGAUCACCAUUGCCAACCGUUGAAGAAAGUGGACCAUCAGUUCAACCUACUUCUGGUGGCUUCACUGGAGAAGCUCUAACUGCAGUAUCGAGUAAAGAGUUGUCGAAAGCGAUCUGGCGUAAACGCGCUUUGCGUCUACAUGUCAACGAAGUGGCUUUCCGUGGCGAUUCAUCACUAACGUCGACUGUAAAAGAGCUCCAAACACCAAUGGCAUUCUUCAAUUCCUUUUUCACCUCGGAAAUUUUGGAGAUGAUAGCAAAAGAGACGAACUGUCGUGCUUUAAGGAAAAUAUUAACUCCACCUUCAAAACCACAAGGCAUUAUGUUGGAAUAA